AUGACAGAUUGUGAUCCAGCAUCGGCUUUUCUCUUCAAUGCAACGUGUAUUAAUGAUCUAUGUGUUCGAGCUGAUUUUCUAUAUCGAGGUUUAAGAGAAGAUAAUCUAAACGAAUAUAUGGAAGUGGAACCGUUUCAUACUGAUCUAGCUAUAUUGAAACUACGUACGAGUAUGCCACGGCGAAAUAAUCUAGUUCCAUCUUUGUCAAGAUCCGCUGAGAAGAGCAAAACGAAGGAUAAUAAAAACUUCUAUUCAAAUGACACUUAUAACGAAGGGAUUGAUGUUACAUAUGAAAAAUUUCAAAAAUUUAUUAUACAAUUUAUUAUUUCUUUAAUAUCAUACGAACAACAAAUAUUUUGGAAUAAAUUUAAUAAAAAAAAGCAAGUCAAACAAUAG